UAUAGCUGUUAUGUUUGCUCUGUUGAUUUUUUUUUUUUUUUGUCUUCGCUGAGAUCUCGCUUUUCCCUUAACCACCGGUGUUUAAAAACAUCGAGCACAGUGCGAGCUCUCCCAGCUGCUGUACCUCUGCGCUCUCCUCAUGUUGACUCUGUCUCUGCUUUAACAAUAGAAAUGUAAGGAGAGGCUUUCUUUUACACGUUUACAGCGCAGUGAGUCAGAUCCGAUCUAUUGGUUCCUUUGUAUUACUGUCGUGUUUAUGCAACACAGCUUCACGGUUAAAAAGGCUUUGCUGAGAUGGAGAUGAAGGCAAACGGCCAUGGACGCCCUGAGGGUUCUCGCCUUCCUCACUCUUAUCGGUGUUUCCAGCAGUCAGAAUCAGACUAAAGACUGCUCAUACUUAAACCUUCUGACCCACCUGCAGCUGACACCAGCCAAUGACGCGCUACGAAUCAUGCGCCCCGUGAAGAACUGGGAAAAGCCCACCACAGUCGGGCUGGACAUGGUGAUAUUCGGCAUUUUACACGUGGAUGAAAAGUAUCAAACUGUCGAGAGUCACAUCUGGAUCCAGAUGAAUUGGGUGAAUGAGUAUCUGUCCUGGAAUCCUUCAGACUUUUGUGGGAUUGACAUGCUGACCGUCCCGAGAUCGAGACUGUGGCUCCCAGAUAUCUACAUCCAAGAGGACGCCUCGGACACUGGGAGUAUCCAAAACAGUGAACUUCUUAAAUUGUUGAACAGCGGUGUCGUGAUUGCAAGCUCGCGGCAGCGGCUGACCUCCACCUGUCUUCUCGAUCUCAAACUGUUUCCCUUCGACAGCCAAAAAUGUGAAAUCACAUUUGCAUCCAUGAACUGUUUUGAGAAAGAAAUAUUGCUGGGAACAGAAAACAAUGGGUCAUCCCUUUAUAGAAUCUCUGACCAGCUCAUGGUUACACGGGGAGAAUGGGAACUGGAUAACAUGAUAAUAAGGAGUGAAUCCAUAAAAAAAGAUGUAGUGCAAUCCAGACUUGUAUACACGGUUUUAAUUUCCAGGAAGCCAAUGCUUUAUGUGAUCAAUUUCAUCGUGCCGCUGUUCUACUUACUGGUCCUGGAUUUGGCCUCCUUCUUCAUCAAUCAGUCCGGUGGUGAAAAGCUGAGCUUCAAAGUGACCAUUCUGCUCGCCAUCUCCGUCUUACUGCUCAUUCUUCAGGACAUGUUGCCGUCUACUGAGUCCAACAUGCCAUAUAUUGCCAGUUACUGUGUUGCCGUCUUCGCUCUGGUGGGGAUCAGUGUUAUGGAGGCCAUGUUGGUGGGCUUCCUAUAUGACCUGGAUAGUUACUGUGCCAGUAAGCGUGGCUGCUGUGCUGAUACCAAGGUGGAGGUUGAACUGGAAGAUGGCUGCCAAAACGAGCCCUCUGGAGGAGAAGAAGACAUCCAGAUGAAAGAGGAGAAAAGUUUUCUUCCUCUGGACGGUCCCAACGGUCUAAACAUGCUGAAAGGAAUUCUUGAAGAAGUGAAGGCCGCUCGACAACAAGCGAGCAGACAAGAAGAAGACGAGGAAAAGAAGCCCGGAGGUUACAAAAAAAUAGCAGAGAUCCUCGACCAUUUGUUCUUUGUCUUCUAUUUAUUAACGGUUGUUGUCUUUCUAGCGUACAUGUAUAUAGUGUGGUUCAGCAAAAUCCUUAGCUAAUGUGUGACAGUGUAUGCUUUGAUGGAUAAUAACUAAAUAUCAGGUGGCUAUAAACAUUGCUUAACAUAUAAAGCAACAAGAAUACUUGAAUUGAGUCUUCUUGAGUUGUGACUUCUACAUAUUCUUUAUUUAUUAUUCAUAAAGGGGUAACAAUAUUUAUUAACCUUUUAAACAUAAUAAAAAAAAUACAUGUAAACUGCAGAUCAUGAAAUUAACGUAUUUACAGCUGGUAAUAAAUGUCAUGGUUACUGGAUGAAAUUAAAGUUGUAUUGUGUU